AUGGUACCUCAGUACAAUGUGAUUAAGUCAAGCAAAUUCUUUGAAGAUGGUGAAGAUAUAAAGUUAUACAACACCCGAGGACAUAAGAGAGGAAUUAUUGUAGUGUUUAGUUACAUUGAAUUUGUUAACAACAUUGAGACAUACCGAAAAGGAGUGGAUGUUGAUUGUCAGAAACUAAAAUACUUAUUUAGUGAAAUGGGCUUUCGAGUAAUAUCAUAUGAGAAUUUGACCAGAGAUGAGACGGUUACAACAUUAGAGAAUCUAAAAAAAGUAAUAGUUGGUGUAGAAUGUGUAUUCAUAGUAGUCUCUUCUCAUGGAUAUGAGCGGAAGUAUAGCUCAGAUACAGACAUUCGCUGUAAAGAUGGACAACUCAUUACCAUUUAUGAGAUUAUUGAUUAUUUUAAUAAUAAGAACUUUCCUGCAUUGCAUGGAAUCCCAAAGGUUUUUAUCUUUCAGCUAUGCAGGGGUUCGAAUGUGGAAUACAUUGAUGGCCCAAUUAGGUUUGUAUCACCAGACGAUCCAAGCCCUCCAGCCGAAAGCGACGGAAAUCCCAUGACUGAUACUGGUCGCUUCUCCCAAGACACACCUCGCACCCCUCUCAACAAGCGAAAUAGACUUUUCUCUGAUAUUCUAAUCGCGCAUUCAACACUGCCAGGUAAUGUUUCAUACAGGGAUCCAGAGGAAGGAUCAUGGUAUAUUCAGACAUUGUGCGAGGUGUUUGCGGCUCGGGCCCAUGACUGCCACGUAGAUAAGCUAUUCACACUCGUCGACCAACACCUACAUGAACGAUUUCACAUACAGACCUCGUCUGUUGACAAAUGGGGUUUCAACAAGAGACUCUACCUACAUCCUGGUCUCUAUCAGGACUGA